AAAGACCCGAAAAGUGUCCAGAUAUCCCAAUGCCUCAUUGGGAAGAGUACACAGAUGAGAUAAAUGUGAUUGUAGCCAGGGUUCCAUGUACAGAUCAUAAUAAUGUGUUUAGACUACAAGUGAACUUAGUGGUUGCUAACCUUUUAGUCAUGAAAAAUGGAUGGAAAGCUAGUUACAACCAAAUCCAUGUUGUUUUCAUAGGUUGUGAACCCAUGCUGGAGAUUUUCAGAUGUGAGGAUCUAUUGUGGCAUCAAGAAAAUUCAUGGAUAUAUAAACCUGACUUGAGAAGCCUCGAGCAAAGGGUAGUCAUGCCAGUCGGAAGUUGCCAGCUUGCUCAUCCAUUUCUUCAACCAAGUCAAGAAUUGCACAAAAGGGGCUAUAAUGAGACCCCACAUCAGCCAAGAGAGGCUUAUGUAACUAUCAUCCAUUCAUCAGAAACUUAUGUAUGUGGUGCAAUAGUCUUAGCCCAAAGCAUAAAACAAUCCACCUUAACAAAAGAACUUAUCGUCCUAGUGGAUGAAACUAUAUCUCAAAAAUCCAUUCAUGGCCUCGAAGAAGCGGGAUGGAAAGUCAAGAAAAUCAAAAGGAUUCGAAGCCCACAUGCAAUGAAACACGCAUAUAACGAAUGGAACUACAGCAAACUUUGGAUAUGGCAACUUGUAGAGUAUGAGAAACUCAUCUUCAUAGACUCGGAUUUCAUUGUCUUGAGAAACUUGGACAAGUUCUUCACAUACCCACAAAUAUCAGCAGUUGGGAAUAGCAGACAUGUGUUCAACUCUGGUCUAAUGCUAAUAGAACCAUCAGAAUGUACCUUUAAAUCCCUAAUGGAGAAAACUAAAACCACCGGCUCAUACAAUGGGGGUGAUCAAGGCUUUUUGAAUGAAGUUUUCUCAUGGUGGCACCGGUUCCCAUCCGGGUUGAAUUUCAUAAAGAAUUUCAAAGCAAUUCAAGGUGAUAAACAUGAAGUGCCAAAUAAUGUGUACACUGUGCACUUUAUUGGCAUGAAGCCAUGGAUGUGUUAUCGAGAUUAUGAUUGUAACUGGGACAACAUAAAUAACCAACAUUUAGCGAGUGACAUGGCACACAGAUUGUGGUGGAAAGUUCAUGAUAAAAUGCCUCAAAACUUAAAGCAGUAUUGUGCUCUAAAACCACGGGUAGAAGCAGAGAUAAGAAUGUGGAGGGAAAAGGCAAAGAAUGCUAGUUUGGCUGAUGGACACUGGAAAAUCCCACUGAGAGAUCCAAGAAGAAGUUCCCUUGUUUGAUUGUUGUUCUCUUUCUACCUUUUGAAGUAGGAUUCUAGUUAUGGGUAGUUAACAAUUAACUUUACAUUGGUUAAAGAAGUACUCUCUCUAUUCAACAAAAAUAUCC